AUGUCGGCCGCCAUGCCACUUUCUCCUUCGAGUCAACAGAAGCAGACUCGGUUUGCGACUCCGAAUGGCAUCUCUCACCCACGCCAACACUCACAGUCCCCAGCUAGCAAUUUCAGUCCGAUUCCGAGUCAUAUCCGCUCUAAUUCUAUGCAAAGAACAAGCUCCUCCAGCACUUUCGCCCCUCAAUUUGUAAAGUCCGAGGAGUUCAGAAGAAGUGAGGACAAGGUUUCUGCAAUAGAAGGCGAGAAUGACUUCUCAGGCAAGAGAUAUGUCUGGGUUAAAGAUCCAGAGAAGGCCUUCGUGCGCGGAUGGAUUGUCGAAGAAGUUUCGCAACAGAGAGUAGUUGUUCAAUUCGAAAGUGGCUCACAGAUCGAGCUCGAUUUGGGCGAUGUCGAUAAGGUCAAUCCUGCCAAAUUCGACAAGGCCGAUGAUAUGGCAGAGCUGACCCAUCUCAACGAAGCAUCCGUCAUACACAACCUCCAAACAAGAUAUCAGUCCGAUUUAAUAUACACUUACUCCGGCCUCUUUCUGGUAGCGAUAAACCCUUAUUGUCCUUUACCAAUUUAUGGCAACGAUUAUGUGCGCAUGUACAAGGGCCAAACAAGAGAAGAUACCAGACCUCACAUCUUUGCCGUUUCAGAUGCUGCCUUUCGAAGGCUCGUUGAAGAGGGAGAGAACCAGAGCAUCCUGGUCACUGGUGAAUCCGGCGCGGGUAAGACUGAGAAUACGAAGAAAGUCAUUCAGUAUCUGGCUUCAGUCGCUACCUCUGACUCAGACACUCCGCUUGCAGGCCGGUCUCCUGCGAAACAACUAUCCAACCUUUCUCAGCAGAUAUUACGAGCCAACCCUAUCCUUGAAUCUUUCGGUAACGCUCAAACUGUCCGCAAUAACAAUUCCUCAAGAUUUGGAAAAUUUAUCAGAAUUCAGUUCACACGGUCCGGACAGAUAGCCGGUGCUUUCAUUGAUUGGUACCUGCUCGAAAAGUCAAGAGUCGUGAAAGUAAGCCAACAUGAACGAAGCUACCAUAUCUUCUACCAAAUGCUGGCUGGUGCCGACAAGCGCUUACGGGAUGCCCUUUACCUUGCAAACAUGGAUAUAGAAGACUUUGCCUACUUGCGAGGCGGUAAUGACACUAUUGCUGGUAUUUCCGAUCGAGAUGAAUGGAAUUACCUCAUCGAGGCUUUCCAUGUCAUGGGCUUCUCAGAGCAGGAACAAAAUGCCAUCUUCCGAACGAUCGCUGCUGUGUUGCACAUUGGCAACGUUGCAGCAAAGCAGGAAAGCCGAGCAACUGAUCAAGCGAUGUUGACUCAGGAAGCCAAGGCUUCGCUUGAUAAAGCAUGCCGCCUACUAGGGGUCCAAACAGAACCUUUCGUCAAAGGACUGCUACACCCCAAGGUGAAAGCUGGCAGAGAAUGGGUCGAGAAGGUCCAGACUGCCGAGCAAGUUCGAUUUGCCCUCGAUGCCUUAGCCAAAGGCAUUUACGAAAGGGGAUUCGGCGAUCUAGUUAGCAGAAUCAAUCGUCGUCUUGACCGCGGUGGAUUGACCAGUGAUGACAACCACUUUAUCGGCGUACUGGACAUCGCUGGGUUCGAAAUUUUCGAAAACAAUAGCUUUGAACAGCUUUGCAUCAAUUACACCAACGAGAAGCUCCAACAAUUCUUCAAUCACUACAUGUUUGUGCUUGAACAGGAGGAGUAUGCAAGAGAACAGAUUGAGUGGCAGUUCAUCGACUUCGGCAAAGACCUACAACCUACCAUCGACCUCAUCGAGCUACCCAACCCCAUUGGUAUUUUCUCCUGCUUGGACGAAGACUCUGUUAUGCCUAAGGCGACUGACAAGUCAUUCACGGACAAGCUACACUCCUUGUGGGAGAAGAAGACACCCAAAUAUGCAGCAGCUCGUCCUCGCCAAGGUUUCAUUCUCACCCAUUAUGCUGCUGAGGUUGAAUACAACACUGAGGGCUGGCUGGAGAAGAAUAAAGACCCAUUGAACGAUAACCUUACGAGGUUGCUAGCCUCUUCUAAGGACGACUACGUCUCGACUCUCUUUUCUGAUUGCGUCGACGAAAGUGAUGAGCUCUAUAGUCCUCGAAGUAGAGUCAAGAAAGGUUUGUUCCGUACAGUCGCACAGAGGCAUAAGGAGCAGCUGACAAGCUUGAUGAGACAACUGCAUUCUACACAACCCCAUUUCGUGCGCUGCAUACUGCCGAACCACAAGAAGAAACCAAAGCAGUUCAUGGCUCCUCUUGUCCUGGAUCAGCUCCGAUGUAAUGGUGUGCUGGAGGGCAUUCGAAUUGCAAGAACCGGCUUCCCUAACCGGCUGACCUUUGCUGAGUUCAGAUCGAGAUAUGAAGUGCUCUGCAAGGACAUGCCCAAAGGUUAUCUGGGAGGCCAAGAAGCUGCUAAAAUCAUUCUUGAUAGACUCAAGCUCAACCCUGUGGUGUUCCGAAUUGGUAUCACCAAGGUCUUCUUUCGAGCAGGCGUCCUGGCAGACCUCGAAGAGCAAAGGGAUACACUUAUUCGAGAAAUCAUGUCUCGUUUUCAGUCUGUGGCUCGCGGGUUCAUGCAACGAAGAAUUGCUUACAAACAGCUCUACAGACACGAAGCCACUCGUGUCAUACAACGGAAUUUGAAUGUCUAUCUCGAUCUGCAAUCCAACCCAUGGUGGAGGCUCUUUGUUCGCAUGCGACCACUACUUGGUGCAACAAGAACAGCAAGCGAGGUCAAGAAAAGAGACGAGCGCAUCGAACAGCUGCACGACAAGAUGAGGCAGGACCAAAUGGAGCGUCAGAGAAUAGAAGAAGAGCGAAGACGAGCAGAGCUAGACAAUCAGAGAAUACAGCAAACUCUAGAGGCCGAACGAGCUCUUGCUCUAGACAAGGAAGAAAUCUUCAAGCGGCUUCAGCUUAGAGAGAACGAGCUGAGUGAGAAACUCGCCGAAGCCAUCGCAGAACAAGAACAGCUGGAAGAUCAGCUUGACGCUUCCAUCAACUCGAGACGUGAAUCAGACGAAGAGCUGAUAACGCGUCGUGAGCAGGUCAUUCAAGCUGGUCAAAUUAUCACACGUCUCGAAGCUGAGAAGAAGGAUCUACAAAAGCAAGUCGAGAACCUGAAUGAGGAUCUCAUUCAUGCAGAGCGAGAUACAUCCAGAUACGAUGGUCUCGAUCAGGAGAUACGAUCACUACGCUCUCAGCUUGGAGUCAAAGAUCGCAAAAUCCAUGAACUCGAGUCUUCACACUCUCAAUCAGAACGUGAGAAAGACCUCAAAAUAUCCACACUCGAGACAGAACUUCGGAGCUUGAAAUCAUCACUAAUGCACAAAGACAGACGGACCGACGAUCUCGAGCAGAAACUCAACAACGUCCAGCGCAUCGCAACAGAAGAGAAGGAACGAAGUACCAACUCUUACGAAUCACAAAUCCGCAGUUUAAACUCCCAGCUCGGCACAAAAGACCACAAGCUAGGCGACCUAGAAGAUCUCAUCGUAAAGAAAGACCGACGCGUCCAGGACGUCGAAGCGCGCCUCCUCGCAUCCAACAAAGAGCUGGCCGAACUACGCUCCCGCAUCCAAGACCUCGAAGCAGACAACCAAGACCUCCAAGCGAACCUCGAUGAAGUAGCAUCCUCACGAUCACACCACGAAACUAUUCUGCGUCAGAAAGACACUGAACUCAACAGUAUUCGUCAGAGAUUACAGACGAGCGAUGAUGUUAUGAGUAAGUUGCAGAAGGAAAACCAGGGUCUCAAGACACAGCACGAAGAUGUCAGUAGGCGGCAUGGCGAUGUGGAAAGGGAGAUGGAGGAUGUAAGGAGGAAGAGGGCGGCCAUAAACCGUGAGGCGGCGGAGGUCAGGAAGAAGUUGGAGGGGAUCAUGCCGUUCUUCAACAGCCAUUUUGGGAGUGUUGUUUGA